ACCAACAAAGCACGUGACUUCGCACCGGCGCUCUGCGAGAGGGAGAAACGAUGCAAUUGCGAAACGCACACACACACACAAGGAAGGAGGCUGCGAUCAAGUGCGACGCCUUUUCUCUCGCUCCAUCGUUCCCUCCUAACAUCCUUAUUCUCUCUGGAUGUAUGUCUCGCUUCUUUCUUGCUGCACGAGCCGGGCUGGCCUUGUGAGGAGGGCUGCUUGGAAAGCCUGGAUCGCCCGCGCGCCCGCCCGCUUGGCCGUGUCCUUUACUGUCUGUGCGCCCCCCCCUCCAUCUCCAUCCCUAUCCCCUGCCCCCAUCGCGAGAGCCUCCCUGCAACCUCCCUUCCAGAGCCGCGAAGAAGGGUUGCCCGCAAAGCCGCCGCCAGAGAGUAGAUAGGAAGGUGACUUGAGUCCUACCAGCUGCUGCUUGCAAGAGGAGGAAACGGAGAGCGCCGUGGUGCUGAAAGGACAGCUCCUUCUUCAGCAUCGCCUUGGCUCUAGACAUCCGCCGGUCUCUCUCCUCCUUGCCUCUUUCUAAUCAAGGGUAGGGGAGAAAGAGGGUAGGGCGGGGGACUUGCCCAGACCUCCCUCCCUCCCUCAGCUCUCCCCCCACCUUCUGCAGGCAGGUUCUUCUGCCUUAGAUGCUGCUGCAGCUCCGAGGGCACCGGCGACCAUGCCUUGAUGCCCGCCACCCUCCCCAGCGGUGUCCAUGGCGGUGGCAAGGAAAAUAAAAACUUUGUUGACUGUGAAUAUUUUGGUCUUUGUGGGGAUCAUCCUCUUCUCGGUCUACUGCAGGAUCCAGGAUCGUUCCCAGGAGUUGGUGCAGAUUGUCAGGAGCGCCGACCGGCGGAUGAGGAGCCGGAAUACCAAGGUGGGAGCCCUCCUGGACAGGGAGUCCAUCCUGCAGCGGUUGGACCACCUGGAGGAAGUUGUGUACAACCAGCUCAAUGGUCUAGCCAAGCCAAUGGGAUUAGUUGAAGGCCCUGGAGGCUUGGGCCAAGGAGGGAUGGCUGCUACCCUGAGAGACGAUAGUCAUGAAUCUGAAACAAAGUAUGAAGAAUAUGGUUAUAAUGCCCAGCUAAGUGAUCGGAUUUCACUGGACAGGUCUAUUCCUGACUACAGACCAAAAAAGUGCAAACAGAUGUCCUAUCCCGAUGACCUGCCCCAGAUCUCGGUGGUCUUUAUUUUUGUAAAUGAGGCUCUAUCUGUCAUCUUGCGCUCAGUACACAGUGUUGUGAAUCACACCCCAUCCCACUUGCUCAAGGAGAUUAUCUUGGUGGAUGACAACAGUGACAAUGUUGAGCUGAAGUUUAAUUUGGACCAGUAUGUCCACAAGAGAUACCCAGGGCUGGUGAAAAUAGUUCGUAAUAACAAACGAGAAGGGCUGAUCCGAGCCAGAAUCCAAGGUUGGAAGGCAGCAACAUCACCAGUGGUUGGGUUUUUUGAUGCUCACGUCGAGUUCAACACCGGCUGGGUGGAGCCGGCACUUACCCGCAUCAAAGAAGACAGGAAACGGAUCAUCCUUCCAGCUAUUGACAACAUAAAGUACAACACGUUUGAAGUGCAGCAAUACGCCAAUGCAGCUCAUGGCUACAACUGGGGACUCUGGUGUAUGUACAUAAUCCCACCGCAAGACUGGCUGGACAAGGGGGACGAGUCUGCACCCAUCAGGACACCAGCCAUGAUUGGUUGUUCGUUUGUGGUGGACAGAGAGUACUUUGGUGAGAUCGGCCUUCUUGACCCUGGAAUGGAAGUUUAUGGGGGAGAAAACAUUGAACUUGGCAUGAGGGUCUGGCAGUGUGGCGGAAGCAUGGAGGUGCUGCCUUGCUCCAGAGUCGCCCACAUCGAGCGCACCAAGAAACCUUACAACAACGACAUUGACUACUAUGCAAAGCGCAACGCACUGCGUGCUGCUGAAGUCUGGAUGGACGACUUCAAGUCGCAUGUUUACAUGGCAUGGAACAUACCAAUGACGAACCCCGGAGUUGACUUUGGGGAUGUUUCCGAAAGAAUUGCGCUGCGGCAACGUCUUCAGUGCCGAAGUUUUAAGUGGUACUUGGAGAAUGUCUAUCCUGAGAUGAGAAUUUACAACAAUACCAUCACUUACGGGGAGGUUCGCAACAGCAAAGCCAGUGGCUUCUGUUUGGACCAGGGUGCAGAAGACGAUGACAAAGCCAUUCUCUACCCAUGUCACGGCAUGUCCUCCCAGCUUGUUCGUUACAGCUCUGAAGGACUUCUGCAGCUGGGCCCUCUGGGAUCUACUGCAUUUCUGCCUGACUCCAAAUGUCUCGUUGACGAUGGGAAAGGAAGGACCCCCACUCUGAAGAAAUGUGAAGACACCUUGAGGCCGGCACAGAGGCUGUGGGAUUUUACACAGAACGGCCCAAUCAUCAGCCGAGACACUGGCCGGUGUCUAGAAGUAGAGAUGUCCAAGGAUGCCAACUUUGGGCUCCGAUUAGUCGUACAAAGAUGCUCGGGGCAGAAAUGGAUGAUCAGAAACUGGAUCAAGCAUGGCCGGCAUUGAUUCAGAGCUGGGAAGAUGCUUACUCUUCUGGAGUCCUUUGACCAGUAGGUGGGCGCCCCUCCAAGAGAGUCAGGUUAAAGAGGACUAUUGCGAUGAGGAGAAGACAGCUCAUUGAAGGAGAAGGUUUACUGCUGUUCUUUUAUUUUUUUAAAGAAAGGAAAGAUGGAGACUGGCAUUCCCACUUAAGGCCACGGAAGCGAUACACCUGUACCUAGACCGUAUCAUUUCAGACUAGGGCUUGUAGGCGCACAUGAUACAAUCACCUCUCCAUUAAGGAAAAGAAACCCCUGCAUAUAGAAAACCAGCACGUCAGGGAAAAACUCGUCUCUUUGAUAUGCUCUUUUCUAAGUUCACUAAGUUCUAAGUUCCUAAGGAGGAACUUUCAAUCACAUGAGUCUGAAGCUUCAUAGUCCUAGCAAAGGUUUACCACCUUGGUGAGAGCUGAGCCUAUCCUCAUAACAAUGGAUGCCCCAGAAAGACUUGUGCAAGCUUUCUGCUUUUUUGGAACUCAGUCGGAGAGGAACCACAUAAGCCAGACUUUGCGUCCACUUUCUGGGAGGAAACAGGAGGGCAGCCAUAUUUGGGUCAGGUUUGCAGGACAGAUCAGUCUCGUGCCUCACUGAAGAAGGUCCCACGGCAGAAGGAUCUGUUAGCUUUAAGUUGCUGACUGAUGCACAACUCUUAUGGUGAACAGAACCGUGUGCCUUUUCUACUGUACUUCCUAUCCAAGCGGACUGGGGAAAUCCCACCUCUUCAGCAUGUCUGAGUAACUAUUCUGAACAAUAACAUCGACGGCGGCGGCAAAAUACUCUGUAAAUAAAUUACACUGCAAAAGAAAGAA